UUCAAGACAACUGGCGGUGCUCUCGUGACAACUCAGCAGGAAAAACCGGAGGUCAAAUCAUGUCAGCGAUCUGGUUCGAAAGUUGGUGCUUUAAGAUCAUCCUCAAGUUUCCGACUUCAGAUGGCGGUUCAAAUAUAUUUUUCCCUGUCUGAUCUUUUCCAGUCUACAUCUUCAUCAUUGAUGCUGGUCUAAAAUGCUUACAUUUACCUUGACACUUGUUAGACAGGUAUUAUAGUUUCAAGACCUAACGCUUGGUCUGAAUGCACGGUUGGUAAGGACAUUGGAAAAUGUUGUCGACUGCAACCGUGAUGAGGCCAAAUAAAAAUGGGGAGACACAAUACAACAAGGACAAGCUCCUACAAGGUCAGGGGGUAGACACUCCUCUGUCAGAGCCGGGGCAGCUGCAGGCACAGGCAGCAGGACUGUACCUUAGAGAUAUCAGGUUCUCCAAUGUGUUUGUCAGUAACCUGCAGCGUGCAAGACAGACUGCAGAAAUAAUUAUGAGGAACAAUAUUCACUCCUCGGAGGUUGAGAUGGUCUUCGAUCCCUUACUCAGAGAGAGGGGUUUUGGGAUCGCAGAGGGACGACCCAAGGAGGAUCUGAAGAACAUGGCCAACGCAUCUGGACAGUCGUGUCGAGACUAUACUCCCCCUGGAGGCGAGACCUUGGAACAGGUAAGGCUGCGAUGCAAGAAGUUUCUAAAGGCCCUUUACCAGCGCAUGGUAGACGACCACUGCAGCUCUGGGCAGGGUCAUGCUGCUGUGGGAACAGAAGCCGGGGCGGGCGCAGCCGUGUCUGAGACAGAUGUGCCCCCGGCUGGCCUGCCGGAUGACGGGAUGGAGGGCAUCCAUCUCCACGCCCUGGUGGUAAGCCACGGGGCCUACAUCCGCGUAGCUGUGAGACAUUUUGUGGAGGACCUGCAGUGUACUCUGCCCCAGGUGCAGAGGAUGUCCCAAGUGUUUUCAGCCUGCCCCAACACGGGCAUCAGCCGCUUCAUCCUAACGCUGUCGCCCGGUGAGUCUGGCCCGGUGCCCUCGGCUGUCCGCUGUGUCUUCACUAACAGGAGGGAUCACCUGACCUCUCGUGACAUAUGUUACAUAAAACAUUGAAGGGACAUUUCACUUAAUGGUGAAUGUUUGUCAGAUGGUUUCAGAUCGUCCCCGAACUUAGGAUGGGCAGAUGUAGAACUAUGUGUGUCAGUCCUAAAUGAAUGUAGACAUUGAGUACUGUCUAAUUUAAAGGCUGAACACUGUAUUAGCUAUCAUAGAUGUAUACCUGAAUCUGGUUUAAUAUGGACAUUAGACGUCAGUGGUCUGAAAAUGGGAAAAUUAUUCACCAAUUGAUAUUUAUACGCAAGCUAAACAAAGCAUUUUUUGCACUGUUCAAUUUUGCACUCUAUGUUAUUUACUCAGUCUGUUGUUAGAUUUAUUUUUUUGUUCAUUAUCUUAACUUAGACUGAAAUUGUUACAUUAAUUUAAACAUUCAUUAGUAAGUAAAUAAGAUUGCAAUGGUCCUGGCGGUUGUCAACUUCAGAGUAACUCAGUCAUGGCAAAGCAAUGUCAUUACCAUCAUAAGAAACUAUAGGCAUUGAGUGUGUGAUGGCUUCACAAAUACUCCUGACUGGAACCAAAGCAGCCUGUUUUACCAUUCAAUGUUUUCUUGGUAAGCAACAGCCGUGUAGAUUUGGUCUGAUGCGCCUUGUCAUAAAUAUCCUGCAUACAAAAUUACACUGAUUGACCCAAUAGUCUAGUAAUGAACAGACAUCCUUUAAUUAGGAUGUCUCAGCCACCACUAGCACGGUUUUGACCAAACUUGGGGAAUGAUGCACCUUGCCAAAGUGGUCCCACAACUACAGAACCAUGCAGAUUGGCCAAAAGGGAGUGAUAAAGUAAUGUUCUGAAUGUUUGCUGGUGAGGAUUUAGAAUUGGCUUAACGGGAAACUGAUAUAUCACAAUUAUAUUGUGGAAUAACUAAAAUGUUAUUGUCAGAUUCUUCCUAUCACCUUUAUUAAAAUCUGUAGAUGAUUUAAGAUCACUUUCCUUCCUCUGCUGGCAACUUGGUAAGGAAUGAUGCCAGUAUAUCUAUCAUGAUAUGGUGUAUUAAUAAAGUAUUUUAAUUCCUUUAUCAUGCUUAAAUUGAUAUUGAGUGUCUGAAAAUAUUUUUCACUUGGCAAAUAAAUAUAGUGAUUUGUGGCAAACAAAAAUCACUAUUAUAUAAUUUUAAAGCAGAAAGAUAAGAAGGCACUGUAUUUGCAAUCACGCUAAGUGGGAACUACCUCAGUUGUUAUACUAGUGUAUUUCUUGUGUGAGAAAUACCUCAAGAUGUAGAGGAUAGAGACUCAUAGAAAUAGUGUAAAUUAUUUUCUCCUUAGCUCUCAAUGGACAAUUUUGUAGUUAAAUUCAUCUGUGUAAAAAGGGUAUAUAGUGAAUAUCCUGAGUGGAUUUCCGGGUCUUCCAUUAUUUAUGCAUGUGAUUUUCAUGUGAAAAGAGAGAAUUCCACACAAUGCAAUGUCUGGUUUGGAAUUCAUACACACAGUUUUAGUAUGGAUACUCUUUCAUUUUUAUCAACUUUAAUGUAACUAAGCCCUAAGAGCUUAGGAUGCUUUUGUUUGCUAGUUGAUGUCAUGUGUAGUUUUUGUCAGUAUUGCUGUAUUUCAGUGUAGUGAUGCCUAUAUAAAUGCUUGCAGCCUCA